AUGAAAGACAUUCGGGGUGAUGAUGACGCCCAGUUGGCGGCCAUGGGCCACAAGGCCGAACUGAACCGGAACUUUUCGAUGCUGUCAAUGUUAGGCUUAGCCUUUGCCAUCUUAAAUUCAUGGACCGCUCUAUCGGCGAGCUUAUCGAUCAGUUUACCGUCUGGUGGCUGUGUCAGUGUCAUCUGGGGUUUGAUCACAGCAGGUAUCUGUAACCUUUGCAUGUCGGCCUCUCUUGCUGAGUUCUUGUCGGCGUAUCCUACUGCUGGUGGACAAUACCAUUGGGUUGCAGACAAAGUCUCUUGGGAGAAAUGGAUGCCUGUGCUCUCGUGGAUCACUGGAUGGGCGAAUGUGUCUGGCUGGGUUGCCUUGACUGCAACUGGUGGACUUCUCGGCAGUGAAUUGGUCCUGGGUGUCAUCUCCUUGAUGCAUCCUACGUAUGUGUCACAACGCUGGCACCAAUUCUUGAUCUACAUCGCCUAUAACAUCAUUGCAUUCCUCAUCAAUGCCUUUAUGAACUCCCUUCUUCCUCUGUUCACCAAGGGCGCCUUUAUUUGGUCCCUCACCGGGUUUACUGUCAUCUGUAUCACCCUUCUAGCAUGCGCGUCGCCCAACUACAGCUCGGGAGAGUUUGUCUUUGGAAAGUUCAUCAACGAAACAGGCUGGCCUGAUGGUCUUGCUUGGCUACUUGGACUGCUUCAAGGAGGACUGGGUCUCACUGGAUUUGACGGUGUUGCGCACAUGAUUGAAGAAAUUCCCAAUCCUUCGGUCGUAGGACCCAAGAUCAUGAUUGGAUGUGUCUGUAUUGGAACCUUCACUGGAACCAUCUUCCUGAUCGUGCUGCUCUUUGUUGCCGGAGACAUCUACGAAGACAUCAGUUCGGCGGCCACUCCCCUGCUGCAAAUUUUCGUCAAUGCGACAAGUAACAAAGCUGGGGCUAUCUGCCUUCUUAUCUUCCCUCUCGUGUGUGUCCUCUUCGCUGCUAUCACGAUCAUGACGACCAGUAGCCGUAUGAUAUACGCGUUUGCAAGAGAUGGAGGUCUUCCGGCUUCUCCCUUCUUCAGCAAGGUACACACCAAGCUCGAGGUCCCGCUGAAUGCGUUGUACCUCACCAACAUUUUGGUUAUUAUUUUCGGAUGUAUCUUUCUGGGCUCCUCGAGCGCGUUCAAUGCUAUCGUGUCCGCGUCGGUAGUCAUGCUCGAUAUUGCCUAUGGCAUUCCCAUUGCAGUGAACUGUCUUCGGGGUCGGAGGAUGCUGCCUGAACGCUCCUUUGUGCUGCCGAAUGUCGUUGGCUGGAUUGCAAACAUGGUGUCUCUGGCUUAUAUCUCUGUCACGACCGUGCUCUUCCUCUUCCCUCCGGACUACCCGGUGACUGGAAGCAACAUGAACUACUGUGUGGCCGUAUUUGGCAUCAUCCUGAUUGUGUCGCUGUUCCAGUGGUUUGUUGAUGGCCGCAAGAACUUCACCGGACCGCGGAUGGACGUGGAUGUCAUCUCCGGGCAGGUUGCCGCGGGGGGUGACGUUGCUGAAGAGGUUCAGCAUACCGAUUUUCAUGAGAAGUAA